AUGGCGACUGGAUAUGCAGAUGGAACAAGUACAUUGGACAAAAAAGAAGCUGGAGACCAAAUUAAAGCCAUUCUCAGGCGAUGCAGAGGUCGACCUAGACUAACGGACUCUGACCGAGCACAGAGGCGGCUCGAGUCCCGGAAGAAGUACGAUGUUCGACGAGUUUACCUUGGAGAAUCGCAUAAGGUUUGGAGUGAGUUGCGCCGGCGAACUAGCUUGAGUGAUGCCGGACUCGCUGAGUAUUUAAUCCUCUUGAAUUCAACUUACGGGGAAAAAUACCAGCAGAAAUACGGCGGUAAGAAGUCUAUUCCAGAGCUGUGCAGCAGUCAGAAAAAGGGGAAGAAGGUAACUGUGACCAGUUUACGGACUCUAGUGUCAUGGUACCAGGAUCACUGCGAGUCAUGCCCACAUGAGCCUCAGCUCAGAGCAGUGGAACCAGCACUGGGUCGCUCCACCUCUGUGCUCUGGCAAUGUGACUCUGGACACUCCUUUGUGCAGCACCUCUCCUGGCAAGCACAAGAAGCCAGCGAGUCUGAGGCAGAAGAUGCCAUGGAAAAGGAACCAGAGAGAGGGCAGGAGACGGCAGGUAUCGACACCAGAGCUCGGAGGAAGCUUUACGAUCAAAGACAGCUGUCAGAAGCUGUUGGCGAGUUGGAGAAUGCAACAGCCAAACUCUCCCAGGAUGAUCAGGUGAUUCAGGACCCAAUCCAGCAUGCCACAGCCCUCAGUCAGCUUCCUCAGGCCCCACCCACAAACCACGCCCACUCCGUGCCUGAGCGUUCACCAGACUCUGCACCCGUGUGGGAGAUGGGUGUGAUGAUGGAAGGGGGUCCCGCGCCGACUGGCUCCGAAACUGCAGCAACAGAUGGGGACACAGCUCAAGAGGGUGAUCCCGCAGAGGGAGAGAGGGAUGAUUUGAGAGGAGGAGGGAGCGCGGAGGAGUACGAAUGUGUUGUCGUUACUGCGGCAUUGACUGACAGGCUGUCAGUGGAGGAGGAGGAGGUGCGAGGGGGUGGGGAAAACGAUGACCCCCUUUCUCAGGGUGUGUCACAGCCAUCAAUGGUGGCGUCGACACAGGACGAUCUGUUUGAGACCCAGACACUACAGACCAUGGUGGGGAGCUGUGAGCUUCCAGGCCAACGGGGGACGCUGGAGGGGUCACAACUGAUCAUCAUCACUGGUCCCAGUUAUGAAGCUCUGACAUCAGAGGGCAUCCAGCUCAACAUGGGCGGAGCUGAUGUGGAGGAGGUCACAUGCACUGUUAUCGAGGGCGUGGCCUACAACCAGAUGUGCCAAUCUGGAGGUGCCGUUAGACCCAACCUCCCAGACCCAGAAGGCAUCAUGGGUAUGAGUGAGAAGCAGCUGCUGCAGACAGAUGGAGAUUCUCACGCUCAGCAGGAGCUACAGCGCAAUCUUAACAGGUCUAAAAGGAGUCGACGGGGACCUGUGAUGGAAGCAGAUGGUAUGUUGAAGAUGUUUCACUGUCCGUAUGAGGGAUGCAGCCAGGUCUAUGUCGCCAUCAGCAGUUUUCAGAACCAUGUAAAUCUGGUUCACCGUAAAGGAAGGACAAAAGUGUGUCCUCAUCCAGGCUGUGGAAAGAAAUUCUACCUCUCCAACCACCUCCACCGACACAUGAUCAUACACUCAGGAGUUCGUGACUUCAUUUGUGAGACAUGCGGAAAGUCCUUCAAACGCAAAAAUCAUUUGGAGGUCCACCGACGCACACACACAGGAGAAACACCUUUACAAUGUGAGAUUUGUGGGUAUCAGUGCCGUCAGCGUGCGUCUCUGAACUGGCACAUGAAGAAGCACACGCCUGAGGCUCAUUAUAACUUCACCUGUGAGCACUGUGGCAAGAGGUUCGAGAGACUUGACAGUGUCAAAUUCCACAAACUCAAAAGCCACCCAGAGCAGCAAAGCACGUGA